AUGACACUAGAUGAAUGCAGGGCAGUUUGCUUGAGAAACUGUUCGUGUAUGGGUUAUACUAAUCUGGACAUACGCAAUGGAGGAAGUGGGUGGUUGUUAUGGAUUGGGGAGCUGGUUGACAUCAGACAGCUAUCUCAAUCAGGGCAGGAUAUCUACAUUAGGGUGUCUGCUUCGGAUACAGGCGAAAAAGAUAAUCCAAUUCCACAUUAUGGAGAAAAAGUCUUCUUGGACCAUCUUGUUUUCCAGGAAAUAAAUAGAACAAGUAUAAAGAAGUGGAUAAGAACUUCUACUAUUAGUAGAAACAACUAUUUAAAAUUUUUGAAUGGCAAUGGAAAAAAAGCUGUCAUACUUGCAGUAGCUUUGCCACUAUUGGUUGCAUCGAUUCUGCUAGGUCUAGGUGUAGGCCUGAUUCUUUACAAACGAAGGAGAGAGGAUCCAGUGAUUACAACAAAGGGGAGAUUAGAUGGUCACAGCAACAAGAAUGAUAACAGUAAUCAAAGUCACUCUGAAGAUUUUGAGCUACCACUUUUUGACUUAUUUACAUUAACCAAGGCUACAGACAACUUUUCAUUUGAGAACAAGAUUGGAGAGGGUGGCUUUGGACAAGUUUACAAGGGUGUGUUAGAAGAUGGACAAGAAGUAGCAGUGACGCGGCUUUCAGAAACAUCAGAGCAAGGACUUCACGAGUUCAAGAAUGAAGUUAACUGCAUCGCAAAACUUCAGCAUCGAAAUCUUGUAAAGCUUCUAGGAUGCUGCAUUCGAGGAGUAGAGAAGAUGUUUCUGUAUGAAUACUUGCCAAAUAAAAGCCUUGAUUUAUAUAUAUAUGGUUUAGAAAGGAGCGCAAUACUUGAUUGGCCUAAGCGCUUCAACAUUAUUAAAGGAAUUGCUCGAGGAUUGAUGUAUCUUCAUCAAGAUUCUAGGCUCAGAAUCAUCCAGAGACUUGAAAGCUAGCAAUGUCUUGCUUGAUAUUGAAAUGAACCCAAAGAUAUCAGAUUUUGGGAUGGCUAGAAGUUUCGGAGGAAACGAGACAGGAGCCAAUACACGCCGUGUUGUUGGA